AGAUCGCGUUCCCAUGUCGCAGGCUGUAGGCAGGGUGGUCCUGCUCCUCACGGGAGGAGCUGCAGGUUCUGCCUUGUGGCAAAACAAGGACUCCCUCGACGAUGUACCGAAGCAGUUGCUUCAGGCUAUUCUAGGAAUGAGAACCAACGGUGGUUCUGAUGGCUCAGGGCUGGAUCGGAAAGUGGACAACCUGGCUCAAGAAAUGCGGAUGAUGAUGUCAAGAUCCAACCAAGGGACAGUCAUCGUACAGAGUGGAAGCUCUUGGUCAUUUUCGCGGAUCAUAUAUCUCAUUCUACCUGGAGCGGGAGUGUACUACUACAUGAAGUGGAAGGGAUACUCUCUAGCAGAUCUGCAGUGGGUUUCGAGCACAAGGUUUUCUCAAGCAGUCGAGGCAAUGAAGACAGCCCAGGAAGCACUGAGCAUCAAGUUGAAUGAUUUCCGCACAACAGCUCAUCAAGCCUUGGAACAGUUUCAAGAAGUCGUCGAGAAGCGUUUCUUGGGCAUCCAGCACCAGAUUCAUGACCAGGUUGGCGAAGUGCAGGGUGAAGUGAUUGGCGUGCGAGACAACCUUCGGACUGUCGAUCAGCGAGUGCAGCUCGACGAGACUCAGAGCCAGCUGCAGUACACUUCCAAGGGCAUUCACCUUCUCUGCAGCGUCGUGUCGGAAAGCCUGGGAGACGGCUCGAAUACAGCCCGUGAACUCAGACAGUUUGCACAGCGCUCUCCCCGUCAGAUCGAGUCGCAGCAGUAUCCCCAGCUCCAAGAUGCACCGGUGCUAGUGGACAUCGCGCCUGCAUUAGAAUCGUCCUCCACCACCACCAUGAAGCCUCCUCCUGCUCUUGUCGGAGGUAUCCUGGGCUCCACUUGGACCGUUCGCCCGAUGCAUCGUAGCACUGUGAGCACCCCUGCUUCGGAGGCAGACAACCCACCGGAACCUGUACAAUAGGACAAGGAAGACCUCUGACAAGUUAUACACAAUUCAUUGACUUGAAGGAC